UGGCUGAGGCAUGGUCACUCUCUUGGGUCACCUGACUCCGGCCCUGCUUAUCUAUUCCACUGGCCUCUGCUGUGCAGUGAUGGUGUCCCGGGCCCUCUCACAGGGGCAGAAGCUCCUCUUCCUUCCACUCCCCACAAAGGACAAGCAAGGCCAGAGGUGGCAACGAGUGCAUGCAGAGGCAGUGGUGAAGAUGGGAGCCGGCAUGAUACUGAUCUUGGGAGAGUUCUUCUUCCCGCCUGGAACCAAUCAUUUUCUCCCAAUAGACUGGGAGGACCCUCGGAGGCCUUUCCAGCAUCACAGUGCGUGGCAAUAUGCCACCAUCCUUGCGUUCUUCCUGCUCAGUGCCCUGGUGGAUCUCACGAGCCAGACGUGGCUGGCACAGCAGAGCAUGAAGCUGGAGUGGGCGGCCACAGCCUUGGCCCUUGUUGUGAUAGUGCUGGAAAUGGUGGCCCUCAUUGAGAACAGGAACGCCCUGGAGUUCCGAGUGCACACCAUGCUGAUGCUGCCUUCCUUCCUGCUGGCCCUGGUGCUCACCAUCAAGGUCUGGGCCCCUGACCAGCCCCCAUUCUGGGUGCUCAAGGCCUGGCUGAUGCUGGUGUUUGGCUCCUGGCUGCUAGUGGUGACCUUGAUGCUGCACGCCCCACUCUCCUUGCAGCCCUGGCAGGCAGACAGCCCUGUGGAUCUCUCCUUUGUCACCACCUUCUUCUGCUGGCUCCUGGGCUUGGGGGUUGUCAUACUGGCCACUGUCUAUGGCCUCUGCAGCCUCUGGCACCAUUGCUGCUCCCCCUGGAAAAGGGCCCCAGGUGCUGAGGACCAGGCGUGCCCCCUAGGCGAGGACAGUGAGGAGCUUGAGCAGUUCAGAGCAGAGGCCCCUCAAAUAAAUGGAGGGGAUUUAGCCAGGGUCUCCCAGAACCCCAUCCUGGCUGGCGUUUUGCCUCCAAGGCCCCCUCCACUUCUACACCAGGUCAUAGCAGGACAAUGCCUGCCUCAGCUUUCUUCUCAUCACCCGGCGCUUAACUCUUCACUGUUUGGCUUUGAACCCAGUGCUCAGCCACGACACUGGAAGGGCCACCUGAAGGAGUCCAAGCAGCCCAAGAAGAACACGCCAAAGAUCCUGAGAGCCACAGUCCCUGUGAAGCAGCCCUGCCCCGCCCAGCCCAUCCUGCCACACAGCUUGCAGCAAACUGGCCGGACCCGGUUAGUGUUCCUGAGGAUGAUUUCUGCUACAUGUGACCAGAAAAGCAAGAUGACCCCAAUCAUGUGUAUCCAUAAGCACAAGAAAAAGUCUCGGUGGUUGUACCAAAAACUUCAUUCGCCCUCGCGGCUCCUGCUGUCCCCGACUUGCGCCACUGUAGGCGUCCAAAUGCAUUCCUUCCUCAUCCGAGGCGCCAAGUACCUGCCCGGCCCGUUUUCUAGCUAA